UUCCCUUUCUUCCCCACAGCAGAAGGUUUUACUUGAAAUAAAGCUGUUUGUCUGGCAUUUCUAGGGGACCCUCUUUUGAAGAACUACAGCAAUGAAUGCCAUUGGAGUUCUGCUUCAAAGCCACCAGUUCAUCCUCCUGCUGCUAUUUCUUUUGCAAAUUCAGAGUCUGGGUCUGGAUAUCGAUAGUCGUUCUGCCACAGAAGUCUGUGCCACACACACAAUUUCACCAGGACCCAAAGGAGAUGAUGGUGUAAAAGGAGAUCCAGGAGAAGAGGGAAAGGAUGGCAAAGUAGGACGCAGGGGACCAAAAGGAGUUAAAGGAGAACUGGGUGAUAUGGGAGCCCAGGGCAAUAUUGGCAAGUCUGGGCCCAUUGGCAAGAAGGGUGAUAAAGGGGAAAAAGGUUUGCUUGGGAUACCUGGAGGAAAGGGCAAGGCAGGUACAGUCUGUGAUUGUGGAAGGUACCGGAAAGUUGUUGGACAACUGGAUAUUAGUGUUGCUCGGCUCAAGACAUCUAUGAAGUUUGUCAAGAAUGUUAUAGCAGGAAUUAGAGAAACUGAAGAGAAAUUCUACUACAUUGUGCAGGAGGAGAAGAACUAUAGGGAAUCCCUGACCCACUGCAGGAUCCGGGGUGGAAUGCUAGCCAUGCCCAAGGAUGAAGCUGCCAAUACACUCAUUGCUGACUACAUUGCGAAGAAUGGCUUCUUCCGGGUUUUCAUUGGGGUGAAUGACCUCGAGAAGGAGGGGCAGUAUGUGUUCACAGACAAUACUCCACUGCAGAACUAUAGCAACUGGAAGGAGGGUGAGCCCAGCGACCCCUAUGGUCAUGAAGACUGUGUGGAGAUGCUGAGCUCGGGCAGAUGGAAUGAUACAGAGUGUCAUCUUACCAUGUACUUUGUCUGUGAGUUUGUCAAAAAGAAAAAGUAAUUUCCCUCAUGCUACACAUUUGUUUUUUCCCUGUGACUAUCACUGCAGUUAUUUUUAUCUACCCCUAUCUUCCUAGUUACACACAAUUUACUCUGACCCAAGACAAAUAGGAAAUAGCAAGUUGAACUUUGAAAUCUCCAUCA